UGACAAAAUGUCCGGGCUAACAUUUAAAUAUAUUUUAUUUGUUUUUUAGCUUAUGCCCUGAACAAGAAGAGCACCGGCCAGUAAACAAUGAAUUCAUCGGCUUCCUACAUCAAUUUGACCCAACCCUUCAUCUCCGGCAGCAGAACAGCGGAGGUCAUGAAAAUAAUCUUUGAGGUCUUGACCAUGAUUUGCUUCUGCGUCUUCCUCUACUACAUCUCGCUCAUACUCCAUGUCUUCUUCACCGCCCCUCAUGUCCGGGACAUCGGACGAUACGUCCUCUUCGCUCACAUGCUGAUAAAUGACACGUUAUAUCUUACGGCAGCAAUUAUUCUUGUAAUGUGUUCGGCGCUCUGGGUAUACAUCCCGGUUCCCAUUUGCUACGCAAUAAUCUCUCUAGCGACAGCUACAUUUAGGAUAACCCCCUACAAUUUGGCGGCCAUGGCCCUGGAACGCUACGCAGCCAUUUGUUUUCCGUUGAGACACGUAACGCUUUGUACGUCACAGAGAUCUAAGUGCGUCAUCGCCGCCAUAUGGGUAAUGGGUCUAUCACCAAACAUAGCCGAUGUCAUCAUUCUCAGCAGUUUGGGCGAGAAGACUUUUUUUUCUAGUAACGUGAAAUGUAGUCAAGACUCGUUAACGUUGACACUUCAACAAGACGCCGUAAGAUCCGUCUCCACCAUCAUCAGCCUAAUUCUGGUGGGGCUCAUACUUGUGUUCACCUAUGUCAGAGUCAUGUAUGUGGCCAAGAGCUUGAGCUCAUCCAGCAGUUCUGCCUCCAAAGCCGUUAGGACCGUCAUUCUCCACGCGUUUCAGUUCCUGUUGUGUAUUAUGUCUCUAACCUCCUCGUUUACGGAGACGCGCUUCAGGGACUAUAUCAGCUUCUUACCCAUAGCCAACUUUUUUUUUUUUACAUGUCUGCCCAGGUGUCUCAGUCCCUUAGUUUAUGGAAUAAGAGAUGGCGUGCUCAGCAAAUAUAUCAGACAGAUGCACUUAGCUAAGCCAGACGGAUUAAAUGUUCAAUAG